AUGGCCCCCAAAUCGGUUUUGAUUACCGGAUGUAGCGACGAUGGAAUCGGCUCUGGUCUGGCACUCACUUUCCAAAAACAAGGUUAUCAGGUCUUCGCGACUGCCCGAAAUCUGGACAGAAUGGCUAAGCUGAGUGGCGUGUCGAAUGUCACCCUGCUGCCACUAGACGUGACCGAGCCAAGCCAGAUUGAAGCGGCUGUAACGGCGGUUGAGGCUCAGACAGGCGGAACCUUAGACGUUUUAGUCAAUAACGCCGGUCGCAAUCACUUCAUGCCUUACUUGGACGAAGACGUGGAGCAAGUCAAGGCCCUCUAUGAUAUCAAUGUCUGGGGGCCACUGCGUGUGACCAAGGCCUUUGUCCCAUUGUUGAUCAAAGCGCAAGGCUCAAUCGCUUUCAUCACAUCGAUCUCCGGCUAUUUGAACGUUCCUUUCAUGGGAACCUAUGCCGGCUCGAAACGAGCACUGGAGCUCAUGGCUGACACGCUUCGGCUGGAGUUGAUCCCGUUUCAUGUCAAGGUUCUAUGCAUCCCGACUGGUGCGGUUCGCACUCAAGGGCAGACCUAUUUUGGAGAUUUUAAGUUACCCGAUAAUUCUCUGUAUAAACCAAUUGAAGAAACAAUUGCCGCACGAGCACAGGGCCAGGAUGGUACCGAGCGAAUGCCCUUGAUGGACUACAGCAGUCAGGUUGUUGCCCAGAUCGAAAAUGGUGCGGCGGGCCGCUUUUGGUGUGGGGCCAACGCCGAGAGGACGAAGGCUACCAUUAGUGGUGAUUCCAGUGACAUGAUGACACUAAUGCAUGCAUUUAUGCAGGACGACAUCUUCGUCAAAAUCACUCGGCUGGAUACGUUGAGAUAG